AUGUCUUCCUGGUCGAUAGAAGCAAUUAUAGCUUUUGUGACCCUCCUAGCCACCUGUAUUCCCAUCUUGGUAUUGUUGUUGCGCAACUUCAUUCCGCACCGUCGAGUUGUCCAGUCUGAAGCCGAUGUCGAACUUGGUAACAAGGGAAAUGUUCAUGGCCACAUCGCCGCCCCGGUCAAGUUUGGGAUAAGCAAAAAUCGCCCACGGUAG